AUGCCUAUAACCUUCUCCAGGGAAGAUCAUUGGGUUCACAUCCCGGAUCCCAGGUCCUACCCGUUGGUGGUUUCCCCCGUCAUAGACAGAGUCCUCCUCUCCAAGGUGUUGAUCGACGGCGGCAGUGGCCUCAACAUCAUCUUCACCGAAACCCUGAAAAGAGUUGUACUGCCCAUCACAUUCAGCACGCUAGACAACUACCGCACUGAGCACCUCACCUUUGAGAUCGCAAACUUCAAGACGUCCUACCAUGCCAUCUUUGGUAGGCCCAUGCUGGCAAGGUUCAUGGCAAUACCCAACCACACCUACCUUGUCAUGAAGAUGCCAGCUCCCAAAGGCGUCUUCCCCAUGUUUGGCGACAUCGAGACAUUCUACAACUGUGACAUAGAAGUCGUACAGCUCGUCGAGACCCUGAAGUACUCGAUCAAUGCCAUCAUGAUGCUCAUCGAGUCCAAGAACAUCGACCAGAACCAACUGAAGAUCCCAGAGAUAGAGCCGACGCCCCUAGCGCUACAGCCCGACCAGCAAGUCAAGAAGAUCAGCCUCGACCUGGAAGACCCCUCCAAGACGGCCCUUAUUGGGGCCCGCCUCUUCCCCAAAUAG